AUGUCGUCGAGCCCCCGCCUCUCUAUCGAGGUCAUCGAGCACAUGAUCGAUGAACUCGGUGCGGCUCAAGAGACCGCGGCCCUCGCUCGUUGCAUCCGGGUACACAAGGACUGGAUCCCCCGGACUCGCAUCCAUCUCUGGCGCACGCUCACAGUCUACAGCAGUAAGCAGCUCCCCAUCAUCUGCGCCACGUUCGACCGGAACCCCAUCCUGCAAUCCCUGGUCGAAGUAGUCCGGCUGAAGCCCGAUCGCGGCCGCUCAGUGGAGUCUGGCAGUGCGCAAGGCCGGCAUCCAUUCCCUUUGACUGCCUCGAUCGUCCUCCUCCCAUACCUCAUCCACAUCCAGGCUUGGGAGUUUCUAGGCCAUGGUCACACGCCUUUUCCACUCCAGCGGGCGACGUUGGUUUCCCUGCGCCAGUAUCGGGAUGUGAAACGGGUGGUCCUCUCUGGCGUAUAUUUCAAGAACCUUUUCCACUUCUACCCCCUUCAGAACGCUUUUCCUGCACUGGAAGAAAUCAUCAUAGAGGAUGUGGCUGUGGAUGAUCCUCCGUCAUAUCAGUCUUUAAUGUCCGAGCAUGGCAGACGAAAGGGCUUGCGGCGGCUUCAGUGCUUCGAGGUUACUUCUGCCAUUGAAUUCACGUCGUUGGAAUCAAGCUGA